CUCCCCGUGGCCCCCUCUCGAGCCGUUCGAGUGGGAAGAGAUUAAGUCGUUGCAGCUUCCCUCUCUCUCUCCUCCUCCUUCUCUCUCUGUCUCUCUCCACUGCUACUCUGUACGGGCAAGUCGGGAGCGAUGUCGUCUAUUCCUGACGACGUGAAGAAUCUGUUGGAAGAGUUGGAGCAAUUCCUGUCGGAAGCACUCGCGUCGGAGAAAUCGCUCGGGAAGAAAUGCAAAGAGCGGAGGGAGGCGCUGCUCAAGACUCUGAAUGAGCUGAAGUCCCGGUACCGAGAUGUUUUUGCAAAAGAAUGCGAUCAGGAGAGCAACGGGCAGAGCAGCGACGUUAGCUCCACGUCCCAGACGGACCUCACCUCCGAACCCUCGGAAGCAGCGCAGGAAGACGCCGCCGGUCAUGAAGUCUACGCGCAGCUGCCGGCCAUUGCUGCUUCGGACUUGCCCAACGUCAUCAAGGCCGGGUUCUUGGAUAAGAAGAGGAAGGACCACAGUUUCUUCGUGGGCGAGUGGCAGAGGCGGUGGUGCGUGCUCAGCUCCAACGCCCUCUACUACUACGGAGACCGCAAAGACAAGCAGCAGAAAGGAGCGGUGCCUCUGGCCGGCUACUCGCUGCGCCCCGCCGAGGCGACCCGCAAGGACAGGAAGAGCUGCUGCAGCUUCGAGCUCUCGGCUCCGGACAAGCGCAGCUUCCAGUUUUCCACCUCCACCGCCGACGAUGCCCGCUCGUGGAUGAGUUACAUCCGGCAAGUCAUCCGGGACUUGCGCUCCUCUGUGAUCGAGGAAGAGGAGGACGAGGAUGAGGAUGGUGGAGACCUCUACGAUGACAUCGAUCCGAUAGAGCAGGUCAAGGCCACGCCGCCAGCAACCGCGGUGCACAAGGAGGUGGCCGUGGAUCCAAUCGAUGAGGACAUCUAUGAACUCCUGCCAGAAGACGACGACGAGGAGCCGGUGGUGGUGACGCGGACUGACGCAGCCAAAUCGGCCCAAGCGCCACCUCCCGUUGCCUCCAAGCCCGAGUUGAACUCGGCCGCUGAAGCGUGGGACGCGACGCAGCAGUACGACAGCUUCUACCAGGGCCUGUGGGACUGCUCGGCCGACUGCGUGGACGAGCUGUCCUUCAAGCGCGGAGACCUCGUCCACGUCCUCAGCAAGGAGUACGAUGCGUUCCGCUGGUGGGUGGGAGAGGCCAAUGGAUCCGUGGGCCUGGUCCCCAAGGACUACCUGAUGGCGGCCUACGACACCUAGAGCACCGCACGUGGAUUUUCCCGCACGCGGAUUCUCCGCGGCCAUACCCGUACCCUACCCGAUACCCGUACCCUACCCGAUACCCGUACCCUACCCGAUACCCGUACCCUACCCGAUACCCGGCUACCCGAUACCCGUACCCUACCAGAUACCCGUACCCUACCCGAUACCCGUACCCUACCCGAUACCCGUACACUAACCGAUACCCGUACCCUACCCGAUACCCGGCUACCAGAUACCCGUAACCUACCCGAUACCCGUACCCUACCCGAUACCCUGCUACCCUACCCGAUACCCGUACCCUACCCGAUACCCGGCUACCCAUACCCGAUACUCGUACCCUACCCGAUACCCGAACCCUACCCGAUACUCGUACCCUACCUGAGACCCGUACCCUACCCGAGACCCGUACCCUACCCGAGACCCGUACCCUACCCGAGACCCGUACCCUACCCGAUACCCGGCUACCCAUACCCGAUACCCGUACCCUACCCGAUACCCGAACCCUACCCGAUACCCGUACCCUACCCGAUACCCGUACCCUACCCGAUACCCGUACCCGACCCGAUACCCGUACCCUACCCGAUACCCGGCUACCCGAUACCCGUACCCUACCCGAUACCCGUACCCUACCCGAGACCCGUACCCUACCCGAGACCCGUACCCUACCCGAGACCCGUACCCUACCCGAUACCCGGCUACCCGUACCCGAUACCCGGCUACCCUACCCGAUACCCGUACCCUACCCGAUACUCGGCCGGGUAGGGUAUGGGUACCCGUUUGCGACCCUGGUGCGGCCGGGUACGGCUACGGGUAGGCCGUGAGUCACUGGUGAGUCACCGUUUGUCACUCAUUUCCCAACGUCUUGUCUCUUCUCACAAUUCAAGUUCCUAGAAUCAACCCACCCGCGCCUGCAACAUGGCUUCACCCCAGAGGUUGCAAUCGGGUACCCGAUACCCGUACCCUACCCGAUACCCGGCCGGGUACGGGUAGCCAGGUAUCGGGUAGGGUACGGAUACAGGUACCCGAUUGCGACCCUGGUGCGGCCGGGUACGGGUACGGGUAAGGAAUCAAAACCCGUUUGCGACCUCUCCCCCAGAGCCCAAAUAGUGACAACACCACCCCCAUCCUCGUCGUGCUGAUGCUGCUGAUGCUGAUGCUGCUGCUGAUGCUGCUGCUGAUGAUGCUGCUGCUGAUGCUGCUGCUGCUGAUGCUGCUGCUGAUGCUGCUGCUGCUGAUGCUGCUGCUGAUGCUGCUGCUGCUGAUGAUGCUGCUGCUGCUGAUGCUGCUGCUGCUGAUGCUGCUGCUGAUGCUGCUGAUGAUGAUGUUGCUGAUGCUGAUGCUGCUGAUGCUGCUGAUGAUGCUGAUGCUGCUGAUGCCGAUGUCACAAACCCCGCAGCGGCUUCAGACGGCGUGGGAGGCCCGUCGUCCAGCCCACGCCGACCGAUGUCUUGUCGACGCAGAGAGUGGCCCACGCCAUGCCGGAUUAUCGCAGUCGCAAGAGUAGCUACAUAUGUAGUAGUAGCUACUACACGUGUAGUAGCUGCAUAAGUAGUAGCUAGCUACUACACGUGUAGUAGCUACUACUUGUGUAGUAGUAGCUACUACUAC